AUGGCCAACAUCCUGAAUUAUAUAGAAAGUUUCAUUAAGACGGCUGGUUUAAGACACCUUCUAGGCUUGGCCUUGGCCAUUGUCAGCUUUGUGGGGACCAUUGUCAUCUGUGCUCUUCCACAGUGGCGAGUCACAAAAAUCUUCCGGGAAUCGAGCAUCGUUGCUUCCCAAGUGUUCACUGAAGAUUUGUGGAAAGUCAGUAGUACCUUUAGUGCACAGAUUGUGGCGUGCAAAGAGUAUGAGAAAACACUUUUGCAUAUAAGUCAAGACCUGGAGGUUGCCAGAGCGUUCAUUGUUAUUACUGUUAUCAUUGGUGUCUUUGGGAUCCUGCUUGGUGCUGCUGGGAGCAAAUUUAUCAACUUUGUGCCAGACGAAAUAGAAAAGAGUAAAAUGGCUAUGGCUUCUGGAGUUGUUUGUCUCAUUGCAGGUAUCUUUGUGCUAAUACCAAUCUGCUGGACCACCAUCACCACCACCACCAUCCAGAAUAAUUUCAACAACUUUCUGCCUCAUGGCACUCUGGAACUGGGAGCCUCGCUUUAUAUUGGCUGGAUCACCACAGCACUUCUGUUCCUGGGAGGAGGUCUCCUCUGCAGCUCCUUUAUCUGCCAAGAUGGAACGGACUAAAACGUUAAGUACGCCAACCCUUGCUCUUUGUAAAAAGCCUUAUUACAAAGAGCAAUUAUUUAGUUACUCAUAUUAACCUAAGCUUAGAAAUCCAUCAGUCUGUUGAAAACAAAGGCUGAAUGAGUAGAAUAAGAAAGUCUAAAAUCGAAUUAAAAUAGGCAGAAAUAUUGGCAAUUUUGAGGAUGUAAAUUGAUUCUUGAUAUAUUUUGUUGUAUUUUAUACCAUUAUAGACACUUUUUCUUUUCAUGUUUAUUGUUUAUGCUGUUUACUAUAAAAUUGUGGACACAGU